CCGACCAUAUAAUAUUGUUAUUAUACCCGUCGCAGUCUUCGCGUUUGCAGGUCAGUUUUCACAGUUCCGUCCGUCCGUCUUCGCGCCCGCCACACACUCGCUUGCCCACCGUCCGUCUCGCGUUUUCCACACUAUCAUCGUAAUAUAGUAGUCGUUUUUCGUUCCGUUUACCCCCGGUCAACUGUAUCGCGUGUACGGUGUUCUUCUCAUACGACGUUCGCAACCAUAAAGAUAUUAAAUCGGUGGUAUUACAAUGAGAAGAAUCAACCGUCGGUUGGUUUUGUUAUCGAUCGUACUCGUGUGUGACGUAGUUAGUGUAUUCGGGAGACCUCAAGAGCAGAGCUCAGCUAGCAGCACAUUAAAAGAUGAUCUUGUUAACAGGAAAGAUGAUGUGGCAACGCCGAUCGUUGUGUUUGCAACCACAGCUGUCGAAGCAGGGGAUGCCCGUGCCCACACUACUAAGCCCCCACCGAUGGAUGAUUCAAUGAAGUCAGUUAGCGAUCAACUUCUUCAAACAUCUACAUCUAGCAGUAUAGUUGUAUCUUCGGAAGUUAGAACAGUUCAAAAAAAUGAAUCACCUUUAAAAGGAGAAGUUGUCCCUGUGCUAACCGAUGAAGAUGUACACGCUGUAGGCCCAUACAGUUACAAAAUAUCGUCGGACGGACCGACAAGACCAACAGGAGAUUUGUCUACUUGGAUUCUAUUGGGUGGUGAAUCUUCACCAGCGCCACUAAAUAUGGCAACAAUUAAGAAAGUACCUAAACCAGUUGAUGCAACUACAUCUUCACUUUUACAGUCGUAUGAAACAAGUACUACUAGAAAAAGAAAACCUACAACUGAAAAAAUGACUACUACUAAUUUACCAGUCACCGAAUCCCCGAUCAAGCUACAAGAUUCUAAAUUUAAAAAUAAGACGCCAGUUAUUGUUGGAAAAAUACCUACUACGACAACAAUAAAAGAAAAAGUUGAAGAAGUAACCACUCCUCUUUCCGAACUACCCCCAUUGGAUAAUAAUACGAGAUUUGGAACUCCUGUUGUCACGUUUCCUCAUGUACCACCUAGACAAAGACCUUCUGCAAAUAAUACUAAAAAAACAGAAAAACCAUUAACAACAAAAAUAACCUCUACUGCUGUCGUUAUUUCUAAGCCUUUAAAUAACACAAUGUCAGUGUACUCUACUACUAUGCCUUCGGUUACUAAUACUACAUCAUCUUCUACCACAGCAGUUUCAAAUAUAAAUGUAACUGGAAUCGCAGAAAAUGUCACAGAAUCAAAUAAUUCUACUACACAAAGUACUUCGUUAAAAAAGAAAAAAAAGAAAAAGAACAAGAAUAAGCGUAAGCCAGUUAAAAUUUCAAAUGAUGACGCUCAAAGUAAAAUUGAUGAACAAAGCACUAAAAUUACUCCAGGACGACCAUUAUCAACUCGAAUUUAUAACUAUUUAGCUCGUGAAGUUAUGCCCAAUGUUGGAGUCGGUUUAGUUGGUUUGAUGUUAACUGCUGGUUUAGCAGGGUUGUUGUUAUAUUCACCACUAGGAGGAGCUGCUAUACCUUUGGUACCAUUAAGACGUACUGACUCUCACGCACAUGGUCAUAGUCAUGGACAUAAUCCUAGUUAUGUUCCUCCUGAAACCGAUAACUCUCAGCCAGAAGAACAAGUGUUCGGUCAAGUACUUUCUGGAAUGUCUUAUGGUCAUAAUCCGUAUGGUAGAGAACGUCCUGACGCAGUUCCUAAAUACAAGUCAUCUUAUCAACCAUCUGAAUACCCAGCCGUGCAUGAUGUACCAAAAUAUAAUCCACACGACUCUAAUAAAUAUUCUGCUCACGAUGUAACAAAAUAUGCUACAGCAGCCGAUACAACUAAAUACUCUACACAUGACGGAACCAAAUACGCAGUUGUUGAAAGUACUAAAUAUUCAGGCCCAGACACUACCAAAUAUUCAGCUCCAGAUACAUCAAAAUAUUCGACAAUUGACGUAAGUGCUACUCAAGAUAAAGCACCGUAUACUACUCUAGAUGCGCCUGAAGGACCAGCAUUUGAACAAACACAAGAUAGCCAAGAUGAGACUUACCAAAAUCACCAUUAUGAUGAACUCAAGUUUGAUUCGUCUAACGCUUAUGAACAACCUAAAUAUCAAAGUACAUCGCAGGUGAAAGGAGUGUACAAGGAAGAUCAAUCUUCUUUUGAAGCACCAAAAUAUCCAGGCUAUGUUCAAGAUGUACCUAAAGAAGAAACUGUAGCUGUAAAUUAUAAUUUUGAUAAUCACCGAACAGACGAAAAAGAUAGUUCUACCACGUCAUCAUCAGAUCCUACGUUUUCUGCAUUACAGGGUAUUCCAAAAUUUUAUGAACAAAGUGGAAAUCCAGAACAAAUAUCUGUAAACGUGCACCAAACUAUGAAGAUGGAACACGGGCCUCGAAGUUUAAGAAUAAGGCGUCAGGUGGACGAACAUAAUGAAAUUGAUGCACAAUUACCAGAUGAAACCACAGAAAAGCCUACCGAAAAACCUGUUGAUAAGAGUACUGAAAAUCAAACAGUCGGUGAUAUUUCAUCUUCUACAACUACGUCAACAUCAACUGUCUCCACAAAAAUACCCGAAUCGUCUGAAUCACCUACUGUGAAUAACAACCAAUUCUCAUUAAUGGACAUUUUAAGAAGAGUAGCUGAAGUCAAAUUGAAAAUGGGAAUUGAAAUCCUAAAAAAUACAGCUGCUAGUUUUACACAAUAUGUAAAUGCUAUCCAAAGAAAAAUGACGCACAUGGUUAGGAAUCUACAAAAGUCCAACGACAGACAACAGCCAGAGAACAAACAGGAACAAAAUGACAAAGCAGAUUCAAAUGUAUCCGAUGAGAAACGACAACGAAGAUCAAUUAGACAUAGGAUUUAUUCAAAUUAGUUACUUUUAAGUGGAAUUAAAAUAAGUUUGGUGAUAUGAUGGGAAUGUACAAUGAACUGGGGAAUUUCUCUUAUAAUAUUUUCAAGACCAAAAACUUCAACUAAAAUAUUUCCAUAUAGUGUUUUAUGGAUAUUUUAGGCUCAAGUUUUGGGAUCUACAAACAUAUUGUAAAUCAAAUUGAUUUAUAAUAUGUUUUUGAGAGAAAAAAUAAUAAUAUGGAUUUGUAUUUAUUAAAUGUUUAAAAUACAUAUUGACAUAUUGUAAGCUUAAGUGAUCGGUACAUUGCUACUAUUGUAUAGCGCAUAAUAUGUACCUGUCUAUGUAAAUAUUAAUUUAAAUUUUAUAUUUUUUUAUACGUAACAAUAUACAGUGUUUUAUUUAUCGAAUAAAUACAAUAAGUGUUUA